AUUAUUUUUGCAAACAAAAACCUCGAAAAAACCCUUACUGUUACCGUUCUGCAAUGGCUGUCAAUCACUCGCUCUCUUCCUGCAUUAUACCCAAAUUACACUUCAUAAAACCUACGAAUCCCUUCCCUGUCGUCUCCUGUACUUCUCUGAAAACCACUGCUUCGCUAUCUACUGAACAGGAAGUUUUGAAGGCAGUGGUGGAGUCCGAUGGCAAAACGCUUCCGUGUGUCAGAACGUACGAGAACGACUUGGCUCGGCUCAGCCUUGUCGGCGCCGUUGGCUUAAACCAGGCUGUGACUGCCGCUGCGGCCGAUGGAGGUCAAGCCGCUUCCGAACAUGUCAUGUCCGGCUUAGACGCUAUGGUCGUUGAAACCGUUUAUCCUGGCCCCACGAACGAGCGCUCCACGGUCUCCACCCGACUGUUUCUGCCAGCUAGGAAAGUUGAUGAGAAAGCUAAGAAACUCAGAAAAAUUCUUUCUAAAGAUGUUCUGUCUGGCUCUCCUUCUAAGAACAUACUUGCCAUGACAUUUAGACAAGUAGUGAUGCAACAACUUCUGAAAUUUGAACUGGUCUUGUUCAGGCCUGGCACAGAAAGAGAUAUGGAAAAUCUUGAAAACCCCAGAAAGCAGGUUCCUGCUUCAGUUACCCUGGACUCUUCAGAUGAAUGGCUUAUCUCAAUGUUUGCUGAAGUUGUUUGCAUUUCUGCCCUUCAGAGUACUGAAAGACAAUUUCUCAAUAAAUUUUGGGGUACAACUUCUGGAAAUUUCUUUCAUUGGUUUCGGAAGCCCAAAAAGAUUGUAUCAAAAGAUUCAUCUGUUGUCAUAUAUAAAUUAUUUGAAGAUGAGACAAUUGGAAGUGCCAAGAGUCUGCUAGAAACUUUUAAAUCAAUGAAGGAAAAUGUUAACCCUGUCAAAGUGAGGUCAAAGUACAAUUGGUGGUCGCCAUCAGCUUACUCUAAGUUGGAAAAGAUUGGUGGGCAAGAUUUUAUUGCUUGGACAAGUGAGUAUGUACCUGCUUACAGGCUUCAAAUUGAUGCCAGUAGAUUUAAGGAUGUAAAGUUUGAUGGUUGGAGAAAUUCUGCUGAGAGUAAGUGGGAAAUUCUUCUGACCCACACCCAAAUGGUUGGAUUGGCUGAUGUAUUAGACAUGUACUAUGAAGAUAUUUUCUCACUGCCAAGUAAACAACUAUCGUGUGAUGCAGUUGUGAAUUAUAGUAACUUGUCCAGUAAAAAGGGAAACUAUUCUAUUUUGAAAAUUCUAUCUGUCACUCUUGCAAGUGGAAUUUUUCUUGUUGCCAUCAGUGCUCUUGGUCAAAUUUUUUUGCCUCAUUUAUGCAAGGGAGAGAAGUAUCCCAGAGAAAACAGGUUGCUACCUUCUUCUCAAACCAAGCCAACUACAUACCUGCUUGCAGAUGCUGUAAAGUUGGAAGAAUUUUGUGUUUUGAUUAUCAAAAGGAUCAAGGAUGCUUUUGAUUGGCCUGGUGGCAUAAGGACUGACAAGAAUAUUGGUGCUUGGAUUGGGGAAAUACCAAAUUACUUGAAAUUAACUCAUGAAGAUGAUUCUAGUAAGGGGAAGAAUACAACUGGUUCUGCUCUUUUAGAGAAAAUUGAUGCAGACAUGAAAUAUUCUGUGCAGGAUAUUGCUAGUUAUCAGGUAGUUCUUUCAAUCGAUGGAAAAAUAAUUGGGUUCCAACCAACAAGUCGAGUGGGUGUAAAUCAUUGGGCUGCCAAUCCCUUGGCACAGGAGCUGUAUGGUGGCAAAAAGCUUUCCCCUGGUCUCAUAGAACCUAGCCUGAAGAUCCGGCUACCAAAUGAGAUAGUUCUAAUUGAGUUGUUAAUGUCUGUAACACCAGAUUCAUGGUUUGCAUUGGCUAGGCCAAUUCGUGUUCCUGUUGAUGGUUAACGAUUACAUUUGACUAUCAGUAAAGCUUUCUGAUGUUUGGAUGCAUUGUAAGUGAAUCUUUGUGCGACCAUGUUCUGCAUUUUCUGCGAAGAUUUAGUGUUGAAGAUCAAUCGAAAUGCUAUGGAAUGACUGCUGUUACAUGUAGAUAGAUAAAGAUACAUGGAUUUCCCACGAGAAGCUGUUUAACAAGUUAGUAGAUGUAUGGAUAGUCAAAAAAAUUCACCUGGUGUUUUGAAACACUCAGGUGAGUUCUUCCAAUUUGUUAGCCAGGAAUUUAGAGUGAAUUGAUUGCAGUUGCUUGUUAGUGUGAAUCGAUAUUUUUUCAAAUACAUACUUUCGUUGAUAUUUGUAUUUUA